GAUUCCUCCUGUGCAGCUUGGGCGCGUGGCUCGGUGUCUGGUUACCCUGCCCUUGUCUUCUGGGGGCGGCUGCCGCCGACCCGAGUCUCCGACCCCAGACCCCCGACGUAAUGAUUUUUUCAUUACGUCGACCCCCAGAGGUCCCGACCCUUUCCCCAUGACCAGCUUUGCAUCCUGAGUCGUUUUUGACGCUCCGGGCGUGCCGAAGCGCCCGGGGAGCGCGCCGCUCGCCCGCCGAGGGCCGGGGCCGAGGGCGGCGGAGCCGAGCCGAGGGUGGAGCUUUCGGGGGUCGGGCCUCGAGGUGCAAACGCUUCGGCUGCCAAAGGAUGUACGACCCCAACGGGCCACCGCAGCCUUGCGUCUACCACAAGUCCCCGCCGAUAUUUCACGAGACGGCAAAGUGGUGGUCCUGCUGCUCCGACAAGAAGGCCUACGAAUUCGAGGAGUUCAUGAGGAUACCCGGCUGCCAGACGGGAUUCUGCUCCGCCGACCCGGAGAACCAGGCUAGCCAGAAGCGCUUCCUCGGAGGCUGCGACCUCCGCGGGGACAACGCCCCGCAGCGGUUAGACGCAGAUGCCCCGCCGGACCCCAGGCAGAAGCUCAACGUCCUCCUGAAGGGCCUCGUCGCUAUCGGAGUGGACAGCGCGUUGGUCGAGGAGGUCUGGAGGAAGCUUGCGGAGCAGAACGAGGACUUGGAGAAGGCCGUCGAAACAUUCCGGGCGCGCUUCGUAGGCGUGCUGAACCAGAUCGAGUGA